AUGCAGAACAACCAGAUCGUGGUAGUUGCAGCAACUUCUCAGAAACAGGAUCUUUGCUGCAGUCCGGAGUGCGGCUCGGUGUACCGGGAGCUGAUGCAGACUAGUGUCACCACAGCUCUUGGGACGAUACAGAUCAUGGUGGGCCUGUUCAACAUUGGGCUGGGGCCAGGACGAACCAGCACACAUCCUGGAGAUUUGACCGGCUUGGGAGCUGCUUACUGGCUGGGUGCUGUGUUCAUCGUUACUGGAAUCUUUUCCAACUUGGCUGGACAGUUCCCUUCUUCAUGUUUGGUGGGCUUCACUGUGUUCAUGAACAUUGCUGCAGCAAUCUUUGCCAUCACUGGCAUUGUGCUGUACGCCAUAGACCUGGGAGACGCCUCUCUCCUCUGGAUGUGUGAUCGCAGCACCAACAGUGAUGAUCAUUAUGGUGACAACUGCAGAAACGUGGCGCUCUUUGCCCAGAGGUUAUUAAGAUCCAUGGAUAUCACACUGAUCACCGUCGCUCUCCUUCAGCUGUGUGUCAAUAUUCGCUUUGCUAUUCUGGGCAUCAAGGCUUUGACCAGUGAGAUGAGGAUGGAAGAGGGUGACAGAGAUGUUGAAGGAACUUCUCCUGACCAGUCCUGGUGCUUAAAACCAUUUGAGCUGGACACCUGAAUGCAUGACUAUGAAUAGACAGCGAGACAUUACCAAUUAUACUGCUCAUGCUUUUUAAGACCUGUGAUGUAAAAGUAUACUUUU